UUUCUAGUUUGGUAUCGAAUAAAAAAGUAUCGAUACAAAGGUAUCACAGAAACACAUUCAAAUGUCUGAUCUCUGUUUACUUUUCUAAUUGUAAUCAAUUACUCUCAUUUAAUUUAAUCACCAUGUUUAUGCCAACUGUUUAUUUAGAUGUCAGCCUUCUCCCUCCAGUUGACGACGACGAGGACGAGGACGACGAAGAUUCAAGUUCAAAUAAAAAUCAAACAACAAUUCAACCAAUCUCAACGAGGACCAGCAUGGAUCAAUUGAUUAACCCAAUCGUUUUAAAAGAGCUUGCCAGUCAAUGGAUUAAAGAGGAUUGUCCAAAUUUUGAUUUCCAUCCUAUAAUCAAUGGUACCCGAACUGGAAUAUUUAACAUCUACUGUAAAGCCCAAGCUGUUCUUGCUGGGAAACCAUUUAUUCAAGCGAUCUGUGAUGAACUUAAACUUACCAUUGAGUGGGUAGCCGAGGAAGGUGAUAUUAUCAAUGGAUUCCCUGAUCAUGGUACCAAGGUUGCCUCAUUGGUUGGUCAAAUCUCUAAUCUACUUCUGGCUGAAAGAACAAUUCUCAAUGUACUCUCUCGUUGUUCUGGUGUUGCCACGAGAGCCAAUCGAAUCAGAGAAAUGAUCCAAUCGAUCAAUGAUAAAGUGGCUCUUGCCGGCACUCGAAAAACAACCCCUGGUUUCCGUUUAGUUGAAAAAUAUGGUCUCAUGGUUUCUGGAGCUUUAACUCAUCGGUACGAUUUAAGUAAUAUGGUUAUGAUUAAGGAUAAUCAUGUUGACAUUGUUGGUGAUGCUUUACCGGAAUAUAUUGAAACUGUUAGACGUUAUUGUGGAUUUUUCACCAAAAUCGAGGUUGAAUGUAGAAAUUUUGAAGAAGUUAAAAAAGUAGCUCCUCUUGGUGUUGAUAUAAUAAUGCUGGACAAUUUCGCCCCGGAAGCAGUUAGCCAAUCAGCUAAUUGGAUAAAAAACAAUCAUCCAUCAAUCAUGGUUGAGGUAUCAGGAGGAAUCAAUGAAGAAAACCUGGAAGAUUAUGUAUUCUCAUGUGUUGAUGUUAUCUCAAUGGGUUCAUUGGUUCAAGGAUAUUCAACUAUUGAUUUCUCAAUGAAAUUUGAUAAAUUUAAAAUCGUUUGAUUAUUGAGAUUUUAAAUUGUUGCAUAAAUGCAACUGAAAGUUUCCGAGAAACUCCAAACAAUCAAUCCCUUCAACUCCCUAAAAAAAACAACCACCAAAACCCUAACCAACAAUUCAUGUAACACCAAAUCGAUUGAGAAUCAACUAAUCAUCACGCUGAUUUUUUUAAUCAAUUCAACUUCUGAGCCAAAAGUUAUUAAUUUAUUCAUAAUCUUUUUUUUUGUAUGACACCUUAAAUCACAAUCAAAUUUGUUCCCAGAAUCAUAAUGCAAACAAACAUACAUUAAAUUCUAAGCUUAAUUUUCUAUUGGA